AUGGGUCGAACAUUGACAAAUACUGAUGCGGAUGAACAAACUAUUUCUCGUAUCAUAGAAAAAAAUGCUCAUACAAUACAAAAUUCAAGCAUUAAUGAACACACAAUAUCACAAAUUAUUGAGAGAAAUAAUUUGACUGUCCUUGGUGGUGCUGGUAGAACAAGAAUGAUGGGUAAUCAGGUGAAUAGAGAAUUGAAUGUUACUGCCAAAGCUGUUGAAAGGAAUCAACUUACCAUUCACAGUAUAAAUGAACGUGAGGAUAUGUCAUUGAUGCCUGAUUCAGAAACCAAAAGAAAUGAACCGAAAAUUAGUUGGCAAUGUUGUGUAGACUAUUUUAAUAAAUCUACUGGAUUCACUUUAACAUUUUUAAUGAUCCUUUCGUUUUUUUUAAUUGCUGCAGUAAGAAUAUUCAGUGAUUGGUGGCUUAUAAAAGGAAUAAAGCACAAUUUAAAUUAUGGUGUUUUUCUUGGAGUAUAUGGAGCACUUGUGGGUAUAAUUAUUUUAGGUGUUUUUAUACGUGGCGUGUUUUUCGCUUGGGCAAUGAUGAGAAAAAGCAUGUCUUUACAUGAUCGAACAUUUAGUAGAAUUAUGCGAGCACCAAUGGCUUAUUUUGAUAUUACACCUCUUGGGAAAAUCUUAAAUGUAUUUGCAAAACAUCAAUAUCUAGUUGAUGAUGUUUUAACUGACAACUUUUUAACAUUUGUGUCAUUUUUGCCACUUAUCAUCGGAACAAUUGUAUUUGUAAUAAUACUUGUACCAUGGACAGGAUUAGCUGUUGUUGUAUUAAUAUUCCUUUUAUGGGUUUUAAUAUAUUAUUCAAGAGAUGUUGAAGAAAGAUUUAAACAAUUAGACGCCGAUAGCAAAGCAUCAAUAUUUUCACAUUUGUCAGCCACAUUAGAAGGGCUUCCUAGUAUUCGUGUUUACAACGCACAAACGAGAUUUGAUGAACAAAACAUUGAUAAAAUAGAUUCAAACAAUAAAGCUUUAUUUGCAAUGAUGCAAGUACAAGCUUGGCAAUCAUUAUAUAUCGACAUAUUGGCAUCGCUCUUCAUAUAUGCAACUGCUAUAUCUGUUAUUUUAGAUAAUAAAGAUCCAUCUAUAGCCGGUUUGGCAAUCGCUAGUUCAUUACAAUUACCUUUAUUUGGUCAAUGGAUGGUUAGAUCUGGUCGUGAUGUAAUUUCAAUAAUGGAAAGCGUUCAACAAUUACUUUAUUAUCGACAGGAAAUACCCUCUGAGGCUCCAAAUAUAAUUGAAAAUAAUCGGCCACCAUCAGAAUGGGGAAACCGUGGCGAGAUUGAAUUUAAAAAUGUUAUAUUACGAUAUAAUGUUUACGGAAAAUCUACUUUAUUAGUAAGUUUAUUAAGAAUAGUAGAAUUGGCAGAAGGACAAAUAUUAAUUGAUAACCUGGAUACUAAAACUAUCGGUUUAAGAGAUUUAAGGAAUAAAAUUGCAAUUAUCCCACAAGAACCAGUAAUAUUUGCUGGUACAAUAAGAUCAAACCUUGAUCCAUUUAAUAAGUGUACCGAGGAGGAAAUAUGGGAGGCUCUUAGAGCAGUACAUUUAGAAGAUAAAGUGAAAUCCAUGCUAGGAAAAUUAGAUGCACAAGUUCUUGAGAACGGAAAAAUUUUUUCAUUAGGUCAAAGGCAAUUGUUUUGUAUAGCAAGAGCACUUUUGAAAAAAACUAAUAUUUUAGUGUUGGAUGAAGCAACUAGCGCUGUAGAUUUACACACUGAUGUUCUUAUCCAAGAAACGAUCAAAAAAAAUUUCGCUGAUCAUACUGUAUUAACAAUCGCCCAUCGAUUGAAUACAAUGGUGGAAGCCGAUAGGAUACUAUGUUUAAAUGAAGGAAGAGUUAUAGAAUUUGAUACGCCACUUAAUUUAUUAAAUAAUCAAAAUGGAUUCUUCUAUCAACUUGUAGCAUGUAGUGGGUCACAAGCAGCAGAAAAACUUAAACAAAUGACAAUACAACACGCAAAUUCAUCAAAUUCAUAUUCAACAGCUUCACAACCUUUACCAAUCAGUGGCGGAGGAGAAAAAUAG